UCCACUUGAAAUUGAUUCGGUGCGGGUUUGACUCACUGGCCUUUAUCUUUGGGGAGUUUUUUUUUUUCCACAGCAAUUUGUAAAGGAAAUGCGCCCUCCGAAAAUCUACCUCUAAGUGUCGGAAUGAAUAAUGCCCUCGUCGCCAACGCAUCGUUUUAACCCUUUAUAUCCUAUCCGCGCUUAAACUUAUCGUUUGGAAAAGAAUUGUUCUGGGAAGCGCAUAACAUCUGCCUUCGCGAGUCUGAUGUUGUCACCGAAUCAAGACGAACAUGCCCACUCUAAAGAUCCGGUGAAAUACGGAGAAUUGGUGAUUCUUGGGUAUAAUGGCUCACUGCCGGGGGGUGACCGAGGCCGCAAGAAGAGCCGCUUCGCUCUCUACAGGAGGGCCAAAGCCAACGGAGUCAGGCCCAGCACUGUGCACAUCCUCACCAACCCACAGGACAGCAAGGCGAUCAACACUCAUGGCCGCCAAAGCAGCCCCUUAACACUGUCCCCAAACCAGGCGGUCAACAGCAAGGGCCACCACAGCAUUUCCUUCACGCUGUCUCGGAACCAGACGGUGGUGGUGGAGUACUGCCAUGAUCCGGACACCGACAUGUUCCAGAUCGGUCGCUCCACUGAAAGCCCCAUUGACUUUGUGGUGACGGACACCACGGGGGGCUCCAAGGAGACGGAGGACUCGUCCGUGUCCCCCAGCACCAUCUCCCGCUUCGCCUGUCGCGUGGUGUGCCAACGCCACCCCCCCUACACCGCCCGCAUCUACGCCGCCGGCUUCGACUCCUCCAAGAACAUCUUCCUCGGGGAGAAAGCCACCAAGUGGAAGAACCCCGACGGUCACAUGGACGGGCUGACGACCAAUGGCGUGCUGGUGAUGCACCCCGAGGGUUUCCCUGACGACUCCAAGCAGGGGGCGUGGCGCGAGAUCUCGGUGUGCGGAGACGUGUACUCACUGAGGGAGACCCGCUCUGGACCCGUGCGAGGACAGCUGGCUUCGGGGGAGAGCAGCGCCCUGCAGGACGGCUCCCUGGUGGACCUGUGUGGCGCCACCCUGCUGUGGCGCACGGCCGAGGGGCUGCUGCGGGCGCCCACCCUGCGCCACCUGGACGCGCUGCGGCUGGAGCUGAACGCCGGCCGCCCGCAGUGCCCCGUGGGCCUCAACACGCUGGCCUUUCCCAGCCUGCCUCGCAGCCACAGCCUGGAGGAGCGCCAGCCCUGGGUCUACCUGGCCUGCAACCACGUGCACGGCCACCACGACUGGGGCCAGCGGCCCGAGCGCCACCGCGAGGAAGGGGGCGGCGAGGAGGGCGGUGGCGUGGGGGGGAACCGCGAGUGCCCGCUGUGCCGGUCGGUGGGGCCGUACGUGCCGCUGUGGCUGGGGAGCGAGCCGGCGCUGUACGUGGACGCCGGCGCCCCCACGCACACCUUCACCCCCUGCGGGCACGUCUGCUCGGAGCGCACGGCGCGCUACUGGGCCGAGACGCCGCUGCCCCACGGCACCCACGCCUUCCGACCCACCUGCCCCUUCUGCUCCACGCCACUCUCGCCCACCCCCGGAUUCUCCCGCCUGAUCUUCCAGGGCCCCGUCGACUGACCCCCCCACACCUCCCACUCCACCCUGACCCCCCCCCUCAACCUGACAGCAGCCGCCUGCGGAGAAGGACUGGCUGAGCUGCCGCCCCCCCCACAGUGAUGUCCCUGAGCCGGCCAGAGGUGUACACACACACACACACACACACACACACACACACACACUCACUGUCAGGCUCUCAGUGUGGGGUCAGCUCGAGCUGUUAGAUUGGUUUGUUUCGUUGAUGUUUUGUUGAAAGCUGUUUUACCGGACUUGUGCGCACCAAGGGACCGUAGCCGAGUCCUCCAGAAAACAGAGCUCCAGUGAGGUCUGUAUUUGGCAUUAAAGCUGUCCGAUAUUAAACCACAGAGCUCCAGUGAGGUCUGUAUUUGGCAUUAAAGCUAUCCGAUAUUAAACCACAGAGCUCCAGUGGGGUCUGUAUUUGGCAUUAAAGCUAUCCGAUAUUAAACCACAGAGCUCCAGUGGGGUCUGUAUUUGGCAUUAAAGCUAUCCGAUAUUAAACCACAGAGCUCCAGUGGGGUCUGUAUUUGGCAUUAAAGCUAUCCGAUAUUAAACCACAGAGCUCCAGUGAGGUCUGUAUUUGGCAUUAAAGCUAUCCGAUAUUAAACCACAGAGCUCCAGUGGGGUCUGUAUUUGGCAUUAAAGCUAUCCGAUAUUAAACCACAGAGCUCCAGUGAGGUCUGUAUUUGGCAUUACAGUUUUCCGAUCUAAAACCAGAAAGUAAACGCAAUUUAUGACCGCUGGUGGAUCCAAAUGAUCCCAAGAUGAAUAACUCACUGUUAAAGUAGUAUUAACUAACAUGCAAUGCUCUUGAAAAUACUAACACUAGACCCCUGCGUGACCAUUGGCGAUGCCUGGAUGCUCUACAAGCCAAGUUCUCACGGGUUCAGACCAACGAAACAGACCAAAUCUGAAACACGCCUUAAGCAUGACCUCUGACCUCCUGGUUCAGUAACUGCUCGUAGAUGUCAGGCUCUUGGCUGGAUGCAUCCACCAGGGCUUUGCCUCCCAAAAGCUGGUCUGUGUUUCCACCAUGUUUGACUGACUGAGAGACAUCUUGGUUCUUCAUGCUGGUGGUGGGACCGCCAUGCUUUAGGGAAACACAGAAUCUUUCAAGGUUAAGGGUCAGCUGCUCAUAGUUACUUGUUCAAAACGCCUUUUACCCCUGAGCCUGCUGUGUGUGUGUGUGUGUGUGUGUGUGUGUGUGUGUGUGUGUGUGUGUGUGUGUGUGUACACCUCUGCAGUCCGGUUGCCUAUAACAGCCACCGGCGCUGGAGGUUCCGCCAGAGGGCCAAGCCCGUUUGGGCCCGUCAUCACUGACUUACCCCCAGUCACCCUGACCAGAACACACUCCCUUUGGCCCGUUUGGGCCCGUCAUCACUGACUUACCCCCCAGUCACCCCCUGACCGGAACACACUUCCACUCCAAGACAGUACUUUACUCAAGCAAUACACAGUCCGUCUAAGCUAGCUUCCUUCAACCAAGAGAUGCAACGCUGCAGUCCACUUUACUGUAAACGCCACAAUAUUGCCUCCGCCACUGGGAGCCCCAGCAGCCCCAGGGUCAAGGGGUCAGGGGUCAGGGUGUAGAUGUAGCCCUCGCCAGGUCGUAGCUGCGCCUGGGACGCAUCCGGGCCGCUUUCGGGCCCGACCCAGCCCGGGUCCGUUCCCCGGGUCAGCUGCCGUCCGGCUCCUCCUAUUUAGAGGUCUUGAUCUUUAUUUUUCACUUGUUUGUGUUUAGCAUUUGAAUGGAAUGUGUGGUUGUAGCAACAGUGUGUAGAACAGUGCGGAGAUGCUCAUAUUUUUCUAUACGUGACCGCAGGUCUCCCGCUGACGACCUGGUCGGCUCCUUUUUUAUACUCCAGUGUUUGACAUAUAGCAGUACAGUAUAUAUAUGAAUAUAUAUAUUGUGCGUAUGUGUGGAUGUAUGAUAUAUGAUAUGAUGUGACUACUAAAGACCUCUCAGCUCAAA